AUGUCAACUGUGAGAAGAAGGGUGUUUUCUCUGUUGACUCUUACCCAAAAUUCCAAUUUCAUCCCAAAAUCUCAUUUAACUGUUCCUUCAUCACAACCCAUUUAUUCAAAACCAGAUGAUCAAAUGCUUUUUCGCAUCCUUGAAUCAUGCAAACUGUUUCCCAACUUAAGAACUGCAGUUGCUGUGCACAAUAAAAUCAUUAAACAUGGGUACGGAAUGUACCCAUCUCUUUUAUCACUGUUGGUAUCGGUAUACGUAUCUUGUGAACAAAUCAAUCUUGCUCAUCAACUACUUGGUGAAAUUUGCUUUUUGGAUUUUGACGUAGUUAGUGCCAAUAUGGUGAUCACCAGUUUCAUGAAGAUUGGGGAAAUUGAUAUUGCCAAGAAAGUUUUUUCUGCAAUACCUGCCCGAGAUGUGAUAACAUGGAACUCAACAAUUGGAGGUUAUGUGAAAAAUGGAUUCUUUAAGGAUGCCAUUGACAUCUUCAAAGAAAUGUUAAGGAAAAACAUUGAUCCAGAUGGAUUUACUUUUGCAUCUGUUAUAACUGCAUGCGCUAGACUUGGAGCUCUUAAUCAUGCAAAAUGGUCAAACCUGGUGGUCCGUCUUGCAUUUGCUAUCAAGUUCAAGUCCUCUGAUGCGAAAUCUGAAGGAGAAAUCAGCUUACUUUUGGCGCCGUGUCAGUUGCAUAAUAUUGCUGAUAUCACUUGA